AUGGAAUCUUCUCAACAACCGUUGAAAAAAAUUAGAUUGUCCGGUGGAGCAAGAAAAAUAUUGAAACAGAAAGAAAAAUCUAUUAAAGGGAAUAGAAGGCUCAAAAAUUCUAGUUGCGGCACUGAUGAUAGAGGAGAAGAAGAAGUUAAAAGAGUGUCACGCAGAUUUGGUCUAUAUGAAUUUGAAAGUUUAGUAAACUUUCGUUCACGAAAUGCGUCUUCUGAUCUUAUAAAAACACUAAACAUACUUCCAACAGCAACUUCCAAAUGUGAACGAGGAUUUUCUGAUAUGAAUCUCACCAUAACUGAUCUUAGAACUCGUUUAACAAUUGAAAAUGUGUCAGAUUUAAUGUUUAUCUCCAUCAAUGGCCCCCCAGUUGAAGACUUCAAUCCACAACCAUACGUAAAAAUUUGGCUGCGAAACCACAGAUCAGCAGAUUCAGCUCCACGUGGUAAAGAACAAAAAAAAACCGUCGACGAAGAAGAUGAGUUAAGAAAACAAUUUUUUAUCAAUUUAUUUAAAUAA